CCGGACGAGUUGUUAUCACUAAUUUUCUUAUUGUGUGAGCGUUACCAGCCUAAUCAGUAAUAUUUCUCUAGAUUUGGUGUAAUAUUUCGUCGGUAAAGUGUGUAGCAAAAGAACUCUGACAAUCUUAGCAUGGAGUGUGUCCGGUCUCUGCUGCACUAUGCUUCCAGAUGCUUUACUUGCCAGGAAGACUCAUCAGCCCAGGGAAACGAGCCAAACGAACGCACACAUUUGCUGGCAGACCCCGUGAGUAACAGUCCUGCCGUUCGUCGGGCUGACACUGAAAUAUUCACUCAGGAGUAUCCUAACUCGGUGCCAAAGAAGGACGAACAGUCCGCACUGGAAAAAAUUCUGCAAGAAACAACUGAGAACAUCAUCGAUGUAGCUGCUUUAGAUACGCAAAAGUUAGAAGCCAGUGAAUACAAUGAUCGUAUUCGGAUCUACACGCAAAGAUUGCAACAACAAUGGAACAACGUGAACCACCCGAAUCAGGGAGAAAAUGGUAGCUUACUCAGAGAUAUACCGAAUCCUGAAUUGGUGCUAGCGUCGCUUCCAAUAACAACGGAGGAUAUGAAUAUGGUCCAAAGUAUGGUUCAAAAGGCAAAUGUAGCCGUGUCGGAAAUAAGCGUUGUACACACCGAAAAUCUGGUGGUACCUUUCAGGAUUCCAUAAUAUUACGCCGUUAGGAGAAAUCUGUAAAAUACUGUAAACUGUACUGUAUGCCAUGCUGCGUGAUUUUGGUUUCCUUCUCACAAACUGCGUUGGGGAUGAACUCAGGGUAGUUUGCAUGUGUAUUUCUCACAGGAAGGGAAUCAAUAAUGUCAAGUCAGAAGGGAUGAGAAGCAUGUUUUGUAAUUGUCGAGGUCGUUUAUUCCUUUUGUAUCAAACCGUAUAACCGAACAACAGGUGAACGUUAAACCAGUAAAUAAUCUAGUGAUAAGCAUCAGAUGGCGAAGAAUGAAACACCGAAGCGAAUG